CAGGCAAGUUGAAAGUGAGCAAUCAUGAAUCAUCACAGUCCUUAUUCAUUGUUCUAUUAGCUGACAACCGUUCAUGAAAAGUUGGGUUAGUUGCAUGUUCUGCCUGAGUCAGAUAUAUCCAUCAUCAUAAACUCUUCUCUCUCAGCUCAAUUAAUUGAUAGCCAGCAAGAUAACAAGCAAUAAUAUAACGGUAUUUAAGUGGCUAGUUACACUUCAUUUUUGAGGGGUUUAGUUGUGAAAGAUGGCUGAUUCAGAUUUCGGGUUCCCAUCUGACAACGGAGUGCUGCCUGUCGAGGUGGACCCAGCUGCAGCUUUCUUAGCCCAGCAAGAAAGCGAAAUAGCGGUGAUAGAGAAUGACGACGAAGGAGUCGGAGCUUUGGAGGGAUCCGCCGAGUUCCCCGAACAACCGCCGACAGCGGAUUCACCUGCUCCUGUCGAAUAUGAUGCCGGAUUUGCAGACGCUUCAGCAGCCACGGUAAACGGAAACAUGUUUGUGCUGGAGUCCAACGGUCCAUCGGACAGCUAUGCGGCCAUCGCCCAGGUGGACUCUCUGCGAGCAGAGCCUGAGAGCCUGCGUAAGUGGAGGGAGGAGCAGAAGGCACGGCUGGAGCAACUAGACUCUGCGUCCAAGGCUGCGGAGGCUGAGUGGAAAGAGAAGGCCAAGAAAGAGCUGGAGGACUGGCAUGUGCACCAGAAGGAACAGAUGGAGAAAAACAAGGCCAACAACAAGGCAUCUGAAGAGGCCUUCCUGUCUGAGGCUGACGGUGACAGCCCAGGGACGGAGUGGGAGAGAGUGGCCCGUCUCUGUGACUUCAACCCCAAGACCAACAAGACAGCCAAGGAUGUGUCCCGAAUGCGCUCGGUGCUCAUAGCCCUCAAACAGACACCUCUGGUGCGCUAGUACGGCCAAUGGAACGGAGGAGUGAUGGUUCCGGUUUCCCUUCUUUAAAAACGCUCUUCAGUUAUGAACUCUGUUUGCAUUUAGGCAGAAUGUGUACUAGCCUUAUCAUAUGGGUCUUCUUUUGGUGGAGGGUUCUUUUAUGUUCAGACCCUCUUUUCUGCCAUGUCUCGGCGUAGUGUCCCUCUUUUCUGCCAUGUCUCGGCGUAGUGUCCCUCCUCUUUUCCGCUAUGUCUCGGCGUAGUGUCCCUCCUGUGUUUCUAACUGUGGAGGAAAGGUAUUUUGUCUCUCCCACCAUCUUUCCUUAUUCUGAUGUAAUGUAUCCAGUGGAAAUAUAAGUCACGACCUUUAACAUGGAGUGUUCUGACUGUUCUCUCUCCUUUUUAACUUCCCUCAGCAAUGCUACAUUACUGACGCUAAGAAAAAUAUUGUUACUGUAAAUACUUCAUUAAACUCCUUCCCUCUCCUAAACUACAGAGUGCAUUGGGUCAGACACCCCUCUCUCUCUUAAGCAUGAUGCCUCUCCCAAUAAGUGUUUUUUUUUGUAAUUUUAUAAAAUACCAGAUUAGUUUAA